UUUUUGCGUCAAAGAUUUUUUAAAAAACGUUUACCGUCCAAAUCACUACUGCCUCACUGCCCAAAUCAUUCACUGACGACAUCACCAGACACAAUUUAUAGUACUAUAAAAGCCGCCCACAAAAUGUUGCUACAAACAAUCAACUCAACUCCUUCGCACUCCACUGCUUCUUCAACUUUAUUGGCGCUCGUCUGUUUCGUCACGAAACGAGACGAAACAGGGAAAAACAUAACGAAACUAACGAAACAACGAAACGAAACGAAACGUUUCGCCCAUGUCUGGUUUUGAUCUAUUUCGGUUGGCAUGUUAAGUUUGAUCGACUUUGGACCAUUCUUGGCUCUCUUCUUUGUUGCUGUCUCGCUUUCUGGAUCCGUGUCCUUGCUCUUCUGCUGCAAAUCAAAAAAGAAGUCAGCAACAAAAAGUCAGAUCCAAAAACAAGCAUUGGUGGAUAGCAGAAAGAGCAAAGACAAUAUUCCUCUAAAGGAGGGAUCAGCACCAGGAGAAAAACCACCAGCAGCAGCAGCAAAAGGAAGGCAGCAGAAACAUCUAAAAACACCACCACCUCAACCAGCAAAAGGAGCAGCGAUUGGUGGCGGAGGCGCUGCUGGGAUAAGAACUGCUGCUUUGUUCACACCACCCCCUAAAGCGCCUGCUGUAGCUGAUCCAACGAAGACCGCAGCAACAAAGCAACCAGCAACACCUCCAAAGCCUGCUGCACCAAAACCUUCUGAUAAGUCAAAGAAAGACGUGCGCGCUGGUGUUGCUGUUCCCGAUGACGACACUGUUCCUGACACUAAACGGAUGGAGGUUUCUGAUUCGUGGCGUCAAAGCAAGCUUAUAAAAUGCCCGAGGAAAUGACACGACGCCGAUUGGACGAUCCAGACUACCAGACCUGGAGGGGAUUGGGGAACAUCUUUGAUGCAUCCAAAAGAACGACAGGAGAUAUGG